GCGUGCGCUCCGGUCGCUGGGUGCGGUAGCCUCCCGGAGGCUACUCGAGUAUGUCUGCUCCGUUUGAGGAACGUAGUGGAGUGGUUCCUUGCGGGACGCCGUGGGGUCAGUGGUACCAGACCCUGGAGGAGGUGUUCAUUGAAGUUCAAGUGCCACCAGGCACUCGUGCCCAGGAUAUCCAGUGCGACCUGCGUAGCCGGCAUGUGGCGCUGGCCGUGGGUGGCCGCGAGAUCCUCAAGGGAAAACUCUUUGAUUCUACAAUAGCUGAUGAAGGAACAUGGACAUUGGAAGACAGGAAAAUGAUCCGUAUUGUUCUUACAAAGACAAAGAGAGAUGCAGCAAAUUGCUGGACUUCUCUUCUAGAAUCUGAGUAUGCAGCUGAUCCUUGGGUACAAGACCAAAUGCAGAGAAAACUUACAUUGGAAAGAUUCCAGAAAGAAAAUCCUGGUUUUGACUUCAGUGGAGCAGAAAUCUCAGGAAACUACACUAAAGGUGGACCAGAUUUCUCAAAUCUUGAGAAAUAACUGCUAUAUGUUUUGUUUUUUUUUUCGUUGUAGUCCAUGGAUCUUUGCAAAU